GAGGAUCACUGGCUCUGUAUCCGGGCUGAAAAUGAUACAGAGUAGAUUCAGGGUUAGGAUCAGGAUCAGGUGUUUUCAGGUCUCAUGAUAUCCAUCCCAUAAUAUUCCAGGUGUGAUAGCAGAGGGAUUUGUUAAAGGGUUCCGGGUGACGCAUCUUCUCGAGCGCACACGAUCUUUGUGAAAGCUAGCCGGCUAACAGCUAGCUCACAGAGACGCCAUUAGUUGGUGAAAAUCAAACCUUCAUAUCCGGUGAAAGGGUGAAUCAGCUGACUGUGGAGACCCAUCACCCUCUCACCUGGAGAGACCAGCUGCAGGGACCCGGACCCGCUUCUGUUGUCGACCUGUUCCUGUCUGUGUUUUUAAAGUCGGAAGCUGCGCAGGGUUAGCAUUAGCAGGGUUAGCAUUAGCAGGGUUAGCAUUAGCAGCUAGCUUCUGUUUGUUUUGAUAAAGUUCUUCAUUAAAGAAGAUGGCUGCAGGGGGGCCGGGCCGGACCUACUCGUUCAAGGUGGUCCUGCUGGGGGAGGGGUGCGUGGGCAAGACCUCUCUGGUGCUCAGAUACUGCGAGAACAAAUUCAACGACAAACACAUCACAACCCUGCAGGCGUCCUUCCUCACAAAGAAGCUCAACAUCACAGGAAAGAGAGUAAACCUGGCCAUCUGGGACACAGCAGGUCAGGAGCGUUUUCAUGCGUUAGGUCCGAUCUACUACAGAGACUCUAACGGAGCGAUUCUCGUGUACGACAUCACAGACGAAGACUCCUUCCAGAAGGUGAAGAACUGGGUGAAAGAGUUGAGGAAAAUGUUGGGGAAUGAGAUUUGUUUAUGUAUAGUCGGUAAUAAAAUAGAUUUGGACAAAGACAGACAUGUUUCAGUGGAAGAGGCCGAGAGUUAUGCUGAGUCAGUGGGAGCCAAACAUUACCACACAUCAGCCAAGUUAAAUAAAGGCAUCGAGGAGCUCUUCCUGGAUCUCUGUAAACGGAUGAUGGAGACGGCUCAGGCAGACGAGAGGUUGAAGGGCAAUGGAGCCAGCCAAUCAGCAUCGAGUAGGCGAGGCGUACAGAUCGUUGAUGACGAACCACAAGCCACACCCGCCGGGGGAUGCUGCUCUUCUGGCUAAAACACACACACACACACACACACACACACACACACACACACACACACACACACACACACACACACACACACACACACACACACACACACACACUCUCUGUCAUACAUGCUUGCAGACGUUCUCUCACGGUGACGGCUCUUUAAAUUAAUCCUUUAAAAGUUUCUGUUCAUUCAGCGCUGCCUCUGCUGCAAAGGAGCAUGGGAAAUCUAUUUAAAGUGCUUUUAUCAUGGUUCCCUUCAAAAUAAAAGUCCCUGAUGAUAAAGUGCUUUUAUCAUGUUCCCUUCAAAAUAAAAGUCCCUUAUGAUUUAAGUGCUUUUAUCAUUGUUCCCUUCAAAAUAAAUGUCCCUCAUGAUUACAGUGCUUUUAUCAUGGUUCCCUUCAAAAUAAAAGUCCCUCAUGCUUACAGUGGGUGUGCUCAGA